AUGUGCUACGACCGCUACGUUGCCAUCUGCAAACCCCUGCACUACGGGACCCUCCUGGGCAGCAGAGCUUGUGCCCACAUGGCAGCAGCUGCCUGGGCUGCUGGGUUUCUCAAUGCUCUGCUGCACACAGCCAAUACAUUUUCCCUGCCCCUGUGCCAGGGCAAUGCCCUGGGCCAGUUCUUCUGUGAAAUCCCUGCCAUCCUCAAGCUCUCCUGCUCACACUCAGGUUACCUCAGGGAAACUGGCAUUCUUGUGAUUACUGCCAGUUCAUCAGUUGGUUGUUUCAUUUUCUUUGUUUUCUCCUAUGUGCAGAUCUUCAGGGCUGUGCUGAGGAUCCCCUCUCAGCAGGGACGGCACAAAGCCUUUUCCACGUGCCUCCCUCACCUGGCUGUGGUCUCCCUGUUCCUCAGCACUGCCAUAUUUGCCUACCUGAAGCCCCCCUCCAUCUCCUCCCCAUCCCUGGACCUGGUGGUGUCAGUUCUUUACUCGGUGGUGCCUCCAGCACUGAACCCCCUCAUCUAC